AUCAAACUCUAAUUAUUAACGUUAUAACCAGAAUUGUGAAAUUCUUUCUUAACCAGAAAAAUCAUAAAUUUCCAUCAAAAUUUCAGAAAUCGCAACAUAAAAACUAACGCCAGACACAAAAAUUGGACCAAGAAUAGCAAAAAUGGCACCUCAAAAAAAGUUUCUUGGAAUGAAUUUUGUUUGUGUAGUGGCAACCCUUAGCAAAGGUGAAUUCCCAGAAAAAGAUAGUUUGCUUCCUUUAAUAUCCAAGCUCCUCGGCUAUGCCAUUGUUGCUGCCUCUACCACUGUUAAACUUCCUCAGAUACUAAAAAUUUUGCGACACAAAAGUGUUAGAGGGCUUAGUGUUGUGAGCUUCGAGCUAGAAGUAAUUGGUUAUACCAUUGCUUUAGCAUAUUGUCUUCACAAAGGACUUCCUUUUUCAGCUUUCGGAGAGUAUGCUUUUCUUUUGAUUCAAGCUAUCAUUUUGGUUGCGAUCAUCUAUUAUUUUUCUCAGCCUUUGGGAACAAAGACAUGGAUUAGAGGAUUAUUAUAUUGUGCUAUAGCCCCAAUUGUUUUGGCAGGCCAAAUUGAUCCCAUUCUUUUUGAGGCCCUAUAUGCCUCUCAGCAUGCGAUUUUUCUUUUUGCAAGGAUUCCACAGAUCUGGAAGAAUUUUAAGAACAGAAGCACUGGGGAACUAAGCCUUUUAACCUUUUUUAUGAACUUUGGUGGUUCCAUGAUUAGAGUGUUUACCAGCCUCCAAGAAAAAGCUCCAAUGAGUGUUGUCAUGGGAUCUGUGAUUGGUGUAGUGAUGAACGGUACCAUCUUGAGUCAAAUUCUCUUGUACCAAGCACCAGCACCAAAGAAAGGGAAAAAGACAGAUUAGAAAUGUCAUCUUCGUAAGCUGUGAAUGGCUUUGAUACUUGGUUUCUUCUGCACUACAGAGCUCACUGCAAAGAUACUCGAGCAUUGCAGCUCGUUUGUCCACUUGAUUCGACAAAGUACCUAACAUAGAUUUGCCUAGUUCAAAAUUUAGAACUAACAUCAAUUCAUCAUAGGUUCACAAAUUUACUUCAACACUUUUAAGUCUUCUUGAAUUUCGAGUUGUCAAUUAUACUUUAGCCAUGAAUAGAUUAUUUCAUUUAUACAUGUAAUUCCCAUCAGUAUCAAAAUAUGGAUUGAUCACAUAUCCAACUUCACUUCAAUUGAAUUGUUACAUGAAAUACAAUAACAACA